CAAAAUAAAUGACACUAAAAAGCAGAGAUGAGUUCACACUGGUGUGAUUUCAAAGACACAGACACUUGUGACUCAUUCACCAAGGAUUACUGCAGCAGUCGAUCUGUUUAGUAAAAAGACUUGUGUACAGAAUGACCACAAAUACAACUCUUCUCCAUGGCAUCCAAUCUGAGGUCUCAAAUCACCAUGCAAACACUACAGUGGACACUGAAGACAUUGUGAAUAAUAUCAACAUUGUCUUCCUCAUCAUCAUCAUUUUCUUAGGCACCACCGGGAACUCUUUGGUCAUCUGGGUGGCUGGCUUCCUUAUGAAGCCCAGUGUCACUAAUAUAUGGCUGAUUAAUCUCGCUGUAGCGGACCUGAUCUUCUGCCUGACAAGAGUCACUUCACUCAUCAGAGAUUUUUUCUAUGACCACUGGCAUUUUGGAGUUUUUCUCUGCAAGUUCACUGGCUUCUUUAAGUAUGCCAACAUGUUCUGCAGUGUUUUUCUUCUGGCUGUCAUCAGUGUGGAUCGAGCGCUCUGCGUUUGCCAUCCAGUGUUCACCAGAGAACGACGGACGUUAUGUGCUGCUCGUGUGGUCAGUGUGGGAGUUUGGAUUGUGGCGGUGAUUUUUAGUUCACCGUACUUUGUGUUUCGGGAAGUCUUUCCCGGGAAGAACAAUUUGAGCCACUGCUCAGUGAAGGACAAAGGAGCAGAAGCAGGUGGCAAUUCAGCAAAGUAUGUCUACUACUUCAUUCGUUUCAUCUGUGGAUUCUUGUUGCCCUUCCUGGUCAUCCUUAUCUGUUACAUACUAGCUGCUGUUGGGAUACGCAGAACGCGACUCUCUGGAAAAUCGAGGCCUCUUCGGAUUCUUGCUGUACUGGUCUGUGCCUUUUUCUUAUGUUGGGCUCCAUACCACUUUCUAUGGCUGGUCAAGUUGGUGAAAAAAAACAACGAAACUAUAAAAGUGGCACUGAUUAUGGCUUCAAAGUUGGCCUAUUUCAACAGCUGCAUUAAUCCAGUUCUUUAUUUCUGCAUGGGACUGGAUGUUAGUCAACACUGCAACCAAAGUUUGUCUGGGAUUUUUCGUAGAGCAUUUAUGGAGGAAGGCCAAAGUCUUUCACAGGAAGGCUAUGGGGAAGAAAGUUCCAUUCCAAAGACUGCAGAUACUGAUUGUGUUACUGUAGUUUAAAGGAACUUUUUACAAGGACGUUUUUACAAUGAGAUUGAUAGCAUGAAAAUGUUUCUUUGCUGUAUGCAUUGUGUCCUCUACAGUUUCCUUUAAAAAGAAGUCAUAUAUUUACAAGACAAAGCCAGAGCCAAAAAAGAAUUUUAAUAUAUUAUACCAUUAUUGACCAAUUCAAACAGCUUUGGAAAUGUCAGUCUUUUCCCAUACAAACAGAUAGGAGCUGUACUUGUUUGCCUACUAAAAUAAAGAAUUUAAAGAAUUGUUGAGAAAAGUUAAAAAAUUCAAGAAAAUACAAUGUAUUCAGAUUUUCUUAGCUGUUUUCUGUUUUUAACGAUUUGGGGGGAAUUCUGAUUUUUAUAGUUUUCAAGAGUAAGUGGUCUUCUUCAGAAAAAAAAAAGCAAUUGAACUUUUUUGCAGAAGGCCAUUUUUACUUUUUGCACCUCACUUGGUAAAAAUUUUUAUUUAAAGAAUUGUUCAGAUGAGGAAGGACUAUUAGUGAAAAGAGUGAAAGCAAAAACAUUCUGCGAAAAUUAAUGUUUGAAAGAGCUGAUAAAACCAAAGCCCAGAUAAGACUGAAUAUGCACAGUGUUUAACACAGGAUGUGUCAAACUUGCUUACUAUGUAUUUGAGGUGGUGUGAAACUGCAAGUCUACUCGCCCCAUGGAGAAAAAAAAAAUGCUUAUGAACAGUUGCAAAGCAGCUGCAACACUAAAGAUGAAAUUAUUCCAAAAACAGUUACAUAUAGACUACUAUAUGUGCAAGCUCUACUUUCCAACAUCUUAGACAAGAUGCUCUAAACUGUGUUUAUGAGAAGUCAUAAUAUAUUGCAAUGCUACAAUAUGUCAAGAGAGAAAUUUCACAGAAAGUGUAUCACAGAAAAUAAUUAUGAAAAGUGAAAUAAGUCUGGUAUAUUUAUCUGUGCAUAAUUAUACAAAUAUAUGUGCAUGUAUAAAAAAGUCCUUUAAUACUGUUUUAAGAUAUUAA